AUGUCUCCAAGAAUGCACAUCUGGAGCACAUGCAGGGCCCUGGCGGUGCGCACACGGCCGGCCGCGCAGCCCCGAAUCGAAACACUCCGACUAUCCACGAGGACACAGACCCGACUUUAUGCCGACGAUGCGACGCCCAAGUCUACCAAUGCCACUGGCUCUGCACCCAAGGUGAACGUCGGUCCAGCUGGAAGUGGUGUUGGCAAGGCCAGUUCUGGGGAGACGGCACAGAAUGCGCAGGAGCCCCUGAGCCAAGGCGCUUCGGUGAAGGCUGAAGACGUGCCUCAGGACUCACAUAUCAGUGCAUUGGAUGAUGCGGCACUGGAGCAGAUCUUAUACGGCGGCCGAACCGUAACGAGCGAAACGCAAGGCGGCUUGACUGCAGCACAGGAGGAGGCACUGUAUCGCGAAGGCACAAUACCUCCGCCAGCCCUGGCCGAGGCUAUGUUGUCAAAGGCGCAAGUCCAAAGCUCAUCGCAGGUGCCCGCGGUGAGCAGCAACGAGCUGGAGAACCCGGGUCAUAAGUUCGGCCUGCCGAAGAAGCCGUACCCGGAGGGCUUCAACAUGAAGCAGCGCUACCAUCCCGUGCUGGAGCAAAUCACGAGACUUCUCAUGCGGGAUGGCAAGCUCAGCGUUGCUCAAAGAAACAUGGCAAUGGUCAUGAACUUUCUGCGGACGGCUCCCGCUCCGAUCUACAGCCCCAAGUUCCCGCUCCUGCCGGGAACGCCGCCGGCGUCCCACCUGCCGCUGAACCCCAUCCUCUACAUCACAAUCGCCGUCGACUCGGUCGCGCCCCUGCUCAAAGUGCGGAACAUUGCAGGUGCUGGCGGCGGCGGCCGCGCGCUCGAGAUGCCCAUGCCUCUUGCAGUGCGGCAGCGGAGGAGAAUGGCGUUCCAGUGGAUUCUGGACGUCAUCAACAAGAAGCCGUCGAAGGGCAGCGGCCCGAAGCAGUUCCCGCACCGCAUCGCCGAGGAAAUCAUUGCCGUGGUCGAGGGACGGUCAAGCGUGUGGGAAAAGAGGAGGCAGGUUCACAAGCUCGGCACGGCGGCUCGAGCCAACGUGUCCAAGAAGCUCAAGCUCAAGAAGAAGAAAUGA